AUGUCAACAUCAACAAAUCAAUGCCUUACAACACCAACGAUAGAUAUUCAUAAUGAAUUCAGAUUUCCUUCAGAUAGUGAAAAUAUAAUCUUGUGUGACAAUAAUGUCAAUUUAUCAAUUAAAUCAAGAAGUGUAAUAAUAUACAAAGGUCUACUAAUAAACCGUCAAUUAAAUUUUGAAGAAGAAAUAAUCAAAGCAUGUGUUACAUAUUUUAUGAUAAAAGAUGAGCUAACACAAAUAAUAGCUAUAUGUUUUAAAAAAUAUAUAAAUUUUUAUUAUCCAGAUGGAAAAUUAUAUACUUUACAUCUACCUUUCGAUGUUAUGCUUGUUGAGAAAUAUGAUAGAGGAUUAAUAUUACAAACUAAAAAUGAAUUAUACUUAAUUAAUAAAAAUUUAGAUUUAAAAUUUGUUGAUAAAGAUACUAAUAGUGCAUUUGCACAUAAUGAAUAUUUAACAACAUUCAAUCAAAGAGCUGGAAUUUCAUUAUGUACUACAUUUUUAAAUGGAUCAAUUAAUGUAUAUCAAAUUAAAAAUUCAUCAAGAAGUUUAAAAUUUAAUUCAAAAUCAGGUAAUAAGAAAAAACAAUAUUUAUCAACUCCAUCUGGUAAAAUUGAACCUAAAUUAAGCUUUUUCAUUCUGGAAAAUAGAACAAGUACAUUAUUAUCUGAUGCAAGAAUUUUAAAUCCUGAACAACAACCACCUCAAAAUUUGAAAAAAGAUGUAAUAUUAUCUAAAAUUGAAACUCUUGAAAAUAAAUUAAAUAAAAAUCAUAUUAGAGUAUUUAGUAUAAAUUUUGAAGAUCAAGAAGGUAUUGUAAUUUUUAAUAAAUUAAAACAAGAGAUAUAUGUUUAUAAAUAUAAUUCUUACUCAAAAUUUCAAUCGGAGUAUAGAUGCAUUGCGUUAGAUUGUAUUCCUUUAAAUUCAAAUUUUGAAGGUAUUUUAGUUGUGUUAGUAGAAAAUGAGGUGAUACUUGUUAAUCCAUUUCUACAAACUAAAACUCAUUGUAAUAUUCCAUUUCCAAUCAGUCUGUUAAUAUGUUCAAAUCAUGACAAAUUAGCAGUAAGAUUAAAUGAUGAAUCAACUAUAAUUAUUAAAAUCAUCCUAGAUCCAAUUACGGAUUUAGUCCUGUCUUGUUUAAAAUGUUUUCAAUAUCUUUCUGGAUCAACAAUUAAUCAAACUAUUUGGUCACUUUGGAGAUCUGUAUAUACAGAAGAAGGCGAUGAAUGGGAAGCAUUCGUAAUAGCUUUAUUAUCAUUAAUUUUCCCAUUUCAAGAUGAAUUACAAUGCACUCAAAAUGAAAUUACAAAUUUAUUACCAAAUGCAAAAUUAUUAAGACAAACAUCACAUUUAAGUUAUAAUUUACAAGAUCUUAUACCAUAUAUUGCUUUAUCAUUACAUCUUUUAAGAGAAGAGUUUCGAUUAGACAUUACUAAAAAGCGAUAUUUAAAUAACCUCGGAACUUUAUUAAGUCAAUUGUCAGCAUGGAUGGGUUGGCCUGAUUCAUGGAUAAAUUAUUAUUCAGUAUCUAUGCAAUUAGAUAGAACAGUUAGAUUUUUACUGAUACAAAUCUUAAAAUCACCUCCAAAUUUAUUUGAAUCAUUAUCAAGUUUAUUUACAGAAAAUAUUGUUCGAUAUUUAUCUUUUUCACAAUUGGUUGAAGAAAGUGACUCAGUAGAUGCUAUUGUAACUCCAAUCACUCAUAAUGUUUUGAAAUUAUUUGAAGUAUUAGUUUCUUCUCAAUAUGGUCCUUCCAUUUUGGUUGAUAUGAUGAGUGAAUUAGGUAUGACUUCAUUAGAAAAAUUUCCAUUAGGAGUAUCAAUUCCAUUAAAAGAAGUAUUAUCAGUAUCUCAAGAAAAUCCAGUUUUUGAUUGGACUACAAACUCACUAAAACUUACAGGAAGAGAAGAUUUGAGUAAAUUAUUAUCAAAUGAUACAUCUAAAGAUGUAAUACUUGAAAAACCAACCAUUGAAAAUAUAGAGUCAUUAACUCAUAAAGUCUUAUCUUCGGAAUCAAUUUCUUCAUGGGAUGAUCAAUCUGAGGCAAGAAGAAUAAGUAUAACUAAAUUAAUAUUUGAUUUAGAUAGAAGAUAUUUUGAAAUAACAACUUUAUUACAUCAAACUAAAACUCAAACAGCAUUUUUGAAAACAGAUGAAAGUAUUACAGAAUAUGAUUUAGUUUUAUUACAAAGAAGUUUGGCUAAUAUUGUAGCAUUAAGAACAUUAACUAUUCCUUUGGGAAGAGCAGCAUUAUAUUAUGGUGGAAGAAAACCAUUACUUACUGAAAAAUUCCCAAUACCUAAAUUUAAUUUAAAUACUUUAAUAUCACCAACAAUGACAAACAUAAUACAUUCUGAAGAAAGUAUUUCAAAAGAUUUAUGUGAAUGGGGUCAUUUCCAUAAUGGUGUUUCUUCAGGUUUAAGUAUUUCGAAAGAUUCAAAGGGAAUAUCCGGUAGUUGGAUAGUUUUCAAUAAACCACCAGAUUUAAAUCCACAACAUGCUGGUUUUUUAUUUGGUUUAGGAUUAAAUGGUCAUUUAAAAAAAUUAGAAGAAUGGCAUAUAUAUAAUUAUUUAGGACCAAAACAUCCUUUAACAAGUGUUGGAUUAUUAAUUGGAAUGGCUGCAAGUUUAAGAGGUACAAUGGAUAAUAAAUUGACAAAAGUAUUAUCAGUUCAUGCUGUUGCUUUAUUACCACAAGGUGCAAAUGAUUUAAAUGUUCCUAUAAUGGUUCAAACUGCUGGAUUAUUAGGAAUUGGAUUACUUUAUUUAGAAACUCAACAUAGAAGAAUGAGUGAAAUAUUAUUAUCACAAAUAACUGGUUUAGUUUAUCAAAAUGAUACAGAACAAGUUCAUGAAGGUUAUAGAUUAUCUGCUGGAAUAGCAUUAGGAUUAGUUAAUUUAGGAAAGGGUGAUGAUUUAAAAGGAUUAAAUGAUACUCAUGUUGUUGAUAAACUAAUGAAUAUUGCUUUAUCAAUGAAAAUUAAUCAAUCAGUUGUAGAAAUAGGUAAAUCAUGUUGUGGAGCAAUAAUGGCUCUUUGUUUAAUUUAUUUAAAAACAGAAAAUUCAAAUGUUGCUGAUAAAUUAAGUAUUCCAGAAUCUGAACAAUUAUUAGAUUAUAUUAGACCAGAUUUAUUAUUUUUAAAAUGUUUAGCAAAAAAUGUUAUAAUGUGGAAUCAAAUUAAAUCAACUAAAGAUUGGGUUGAAUCUCAAAUUCCUGAUUUUAUAAUUGAAGAUUUUAAUAAUGCAAAAGGUUUUGAAAAUUUAGAUAGUGAUCAAUUAAUAUAUUUUAAUAUCUUGGGAGGUGCUUGUUUAUCAAUUGCUUUAAAAUAUGCUUCAAGUCAUAAUUUACAAGCAAGGAAUACUAUAUUAUAUUAUCUUGAUAAAAUGAUGAAAUUAACUAAUCAAUUGGCUAUAAAUUAUGAUCAAAAAUUAGCAUAUAAUACUGCAAUAAAUGUACAAAACAUGUUAGCAUUAUCUGUCUCUUUAAUUAUGGCAGCAAGUGGUGAUUUACAAGUUUUCCAAAGGUUAAGAGUAUUACAUAAUGAUACUAAUAAAGAAAUGGGAUUUGGUGGAUAUAUGGCAAUUAAUACAGCGUUGGGGUUUUUAUUUUUAGGAGGUGGACAAAUGGCUUUUAAUAAUUCAAAAUUUAGUAUUGCAUGUUUAAUUAUUAGUUUAUAUCCAAUUUUCCCAAAAGAAAAUAGUGAAUAUGAAAUUCAUUUACAAGCUUUAAGACAUUUUUGGGCAUUAGCUAUAAUGCCAAGAUGUUUAAUUGUAAAAGAUUUUAAAACUAAUGAACCAUGUAAAAUUCCAAUUACAAUAAUAAUGAAAAAUGGUGAAAAUUUAGAAAAAAUAUCACCAUGUUUAGUACCUCCAUUAAAUGAAAUAUCCAAAAUUAUAACAAGAUCAAUUAAUUAUUUUGAAAUUGUUAUUAAUUUUCAAUUAAAAUCAGAAAUUUUAGAUAAUUUUAUGAAAGAUUUAACAAUAUAUGUUUAUAAAAAGCAAAAUUAUCAAUUAUUAAAUACAAAUAUUAGAUCAAUAUUACAAGAUAAAACGAAUCAAUUUAUAAAUAAACAAAAUGAGAGUAAUUCAAUAAUAAAUGAUAAUAAAAUUAUAAAUCAAAGUUUAAGUCCUGAUUUAAUUAAAAAAUGGCAAUUUGAAAUGAAUGAAAUUUCAAAAAUAUCAUAUAAUGAAUUAUCAAUUUUUAAUAUAAUUGAUAAUAAAUUAGAAUUAAUAAAUUCUAUAAAAUCUAAAAAUCAAAAUUAUUGUUAUUUAAUUGAAGAUAUUUGGAAUUUAAAAUUAUUAUUUGAAUUUAGUAAUCAUUUAAUUAAAGAUGAUUUACAUUAUAUUGAUAUUGAAUUUAUUCAACAAUUAAGAUUAAAACUUUGGAAUAAAAUUAAUGAUAUAAACCAUUCAAAUUAA